AUGUCGUCGUUCAUGGGCGCGUUUGGCAGCAACGAUGGCACAGAGCAGCGCAACGGCGUCCCUCAGCAAUCAACACUUACGCCUCAGCAUCUCGAGCAGGAGGAGAUAAACCUCGAGAGAGCCUCAGCAACAACCCUCGCCACCACCAGAACACGAUCCCAGUCCCGCGGCCGCACCGCCGCCUCGAACAAGCCCGUCGAGGAUGAAAAGCACGAUUCGGACAGUGACAGCCAGCAGUCCGAGGCCGAGCGUAUACGCCAGGUCACUUCUCUAGCCCGCCAGUACACCAAUGCCUCUCGCUACUCGGCCAUUGGCAAGAACCCAUUCACUGAGGCCGAGCCCAACUCGUCCCUGGACCCCAACGGAGAGAACUUCAACGCCCGCGCAUGGGCCAAAGCCCUGCUCCACAUCCGCUCCCGUGACGCCGAAAAGUUCCCCGAGCGGACCGCUGGCAUUGCUUACAGGGGCCUGAAUGUCUUCGGCUACGGAAAUGCCACCGACUACCAGAAGAGCGUCGGCAAUGUCCUGAUCGACAUUCCCGGCCUUGUGAACCAGGCUCUCGGCAGGGGCCAGCGCAGGAUCGACAUCCUCCGCGACUUCGACGGCCUCGUCGAGGCCGGCGAGAUGCUUGUCGUCCUGGGUCCCCCUGGUUCCGGAUGCUCAACCCUGCUCAAGACCAUUUCCGGAGAGACGCACGGUUUCAACAUCGACGACAGCUCGUACAUCAACUACCAGGGUAUCUCGGCCCACGACAUGCAUAACCACUUCCGUGGCGAGGCCAUCUACACGGCCGAGGUCGAUGUUCACUUCCCCAACAUGACUGUUGGCGACACCCUUGCCUUCGCCGCUCGCGCAAGAGCUCCCCGCAACACGCCUGGAGACGUCGACCACUGGACCUACGCCAGGCACAUGCGCGAUGUCGUCAUGGCCAUGUACGGCAUCUCGCACACCAUCAACACUCGUGUCGGUAACGACUUCGUCCGCGGUGUCUCUGGUGGUGAGCGCAAGCGUGUCUCCAUCGCCGAGGCCACCCUCAGCCAGGCCCCGCUGCAGUGCUGGGAUAACUCGACCCGUGGUCUCGACUCGGCCAACGCCAUUGAGUUCUGCAAGACGCUGCGCAUGCAGACUGAUCUGAUGGGAUGCACUGCUUGCGUUGCCAUUUACCAGGCCCCUCAAGCCGCUUACGACACCUUCGACAAGGUUGCCGUGCUCUACGAGGGUCGCCAGAUCUUCUUCGGUCGCUGCGACGAGGCUAAGCAGUACUUUGUCGACAUGGGCUUCGACUGCCCUGAUCGCCAGACCACUGCCGAUUUCCUGACCUCGAUGACGUCUCCGCAGGAGCGCGUCGUUCGCCCCGGUUGGGAGAACAGGGUCCCCCGUACCCCCGAUGAGUUCGCCGCUCGCUGGAAGGAGAGCCAGGCUCGCGCUCAGCUGCUCAAGGACAUCGAUGAGUACGACAAGAAGUACGCUAUCGGUGGCGAAUACCUCGAGAAGUUCAAGCAGUCUCGCCAGGCACAACAGUCCAAGCACCAGCGCGUCAAGUCUCCCUACACUCUCUCCUACGCUGGCCAGAUCAGACUGUGCCUGUGGCGUGGUUUCCAGCGUCUUCGCGGCGAUCCUAGUCUGACCAUCACCCAAAUCUUCGGCAACACCGUCAUGGCGCUCAUUCUUGGCUCUGUCUUCUACAAUCUCCCGGAGGACACAUCGAGUUUCUACCGCCGCGGUGCCCUUUUGUUCUUCGCCGUCCUGUUCAACGCCUUUGGUUCUGCUCUGGAAAUCCUGACUCUCUAUGCCCAACGUCCGAUUGUGGAGAAGCACGCUCGAUAUGCCCUGUACCAUCCCUCGGCUGAGGCCUAUGCAUCGAUGCUUACGGAUCUACCGUACAAGAUCGGCAAUGCGAUAUGCUUCAACCUGAUCCUGUACUUCAUGACCAAUCUCCGCCGCGAACCGGGAGCCUUCUUCUUCUUCCUCCUGAUCUCGUUUAUCCUCACGUUGGUCAUGUCGAUGAUGUUCCGCACCAUCGCUUCCGUCUCUCGCACCCUGUCCCAGGCCAUGGCCCCGGCAGCUGUUCUCAUCCUUGCCCUGGUCAUCUACACUGGCUUCGUCAUUCCGACACGCUACAUGCUGGGCUGGUCUCGCUGGAUCAACUACUUGGACCCCAUCUCGUAUGGAUUCGAGUCUUUGAUGAUCAACGAGUUCCACAACCGUAACUACACCUGUUCGCAAUUCGUCCCGAGCAACCAGCUUCCGGGCUACGAGAACAUUGGUCCUUUGAACAUGGUGUGUGGCACCACUGGCGCACAGCCGGGCCAGGGCUACGUCAACGGAGAUGCGUACAUCAACUCUUCGUACGAGUACUACCACUCGCACAAGUGGAGGAACCUGGGCAUCGAGUUCGCCUUCAUGAUCGGUUUGUGUGCCGCCUACCUCGCUGCUACCGAGUUCAUUUCGGCCAAGAAGUCGAAGGGUGAAGUCCUCGUCUUCCGCCGCGGCUUCGUUCCCGCUACCGCUAAGAGUGACGUUGAAUCCGCUCCCGCUGGCCGUGCCCCUGUUUCCGAGAAGACCGACAACUCGGCUGCCAUCAUUCAGAAGCAGACUGCCAUCUUCCACUGGGAGGACAUGUGCUACGACAUCAAGAUCAAGGGCGAGGACCGCCGCAUUCUCGACCACGUCGACGGCUGGGUCAAGCCCGGCACGCUCACUGCUCUCAUGGGUGUCUCUGGUGCCGGUAAGACUACGCUUCUGGAUGUGCUCGCAACCCGUGUCACCAUGGGUGUCAUUACCGGUGAUGCCUUUGUCGAUGGUCGCCAGCGUGAUGCCUCGUUCCAGCGCAAGACCGGCUACGUCCAGCAGCAGGACUUGCACCUUCAGACUUCGACCGUUCGCGAGGCCCUGAACUUCAGCGCUCUGCUCCGCCAGCCUGCUCACGUCUCUCGCGAGGAGAAGCUCGCGUACGUCGACGAGGUCAUCAAGCUUCUUGACAUGGAGGAGUAUGCCGAUGCCGUUGUCGGUGUUCCCGGUGAAGGUCUCAACGUCGAGCAGCGCAAGCGUCUUACUAUCGGUGUCGAGCUGGCGGCCAAGCCUCAGCUCCUGCUCUUCCUUGACGAACCCACCUCCGGUCUCGACUCUCAGACUUCCUGGGCCAUUUGCGACCUGAUGGAGAAGCUCACCAAGAACGGCCAAGCCAUCCUCUGCACGAUUCACCAGCCUUCGGCCAUGCUUUUCCAGCGCUUCGAUCGUCUUCUCUUCCUGGCCAGGGGUGGCAGGACCGUCUACUUUGGCGAGAUUGGCCAGAACUCGAAGGUCCUUACCAACUACUUUGAGCGUAACGGCGCGCCUCCUUGCCCGACCGAGGCCAACCCAGCUGAAUGGAUGCUCGAGGUCAUUGGCGCAGCUCCUGGUUCGCACACGGACAUUGACUGGCACCAGGCCUGGCGCAACAGUCCCGAGUACAAGUCUGUCAAGGAUGAGCUUGCCCAGAUGAAGGCGGAGCUUCCGCAGAAGUCGCAGCCCUCGUCCGGCAAUGAGCAGGCCAGCUUCCGUGAAUUCGCCGCGCCGUUCGGUCUCCAGCUUUGGGAGGUCACCAAGCGUGUCUUCGAGCAGUACUGGCGCACGCCCUCGUACAUCUACUCCAAGCUCGUCCUGGUCAUUGCUUCCGGUCUCUUCGUCGGCUUCUCCUUCUUCAAGGCACAGAACACGCAGCAAGGUCUCCAGAACCAGAUGUUCGCCAUCUUCAUGCUCAUGACCAUCUUCGGCAACCUGGUGCAGCAGAUCAUGCCUCACUUUGUCACUCAGCGCGCGCUGUACGAAGUGCGCGAGCGCCCCAGCAAGACGUACUCGUGGAAGGCCUUCAUGCUCUCCCAGAUCGUCGUCGAGCUGCCCUGGAACUCGCUGGCUGCCGUUCUUCUCUUCUUCACGUGGUACUACCCCAUCGGCCUGUGGAGGAACGCGGAGCCCAACGAUGUCACUGAGCGUGGCGCGCUGAUGUUCCUGUUGAUCUGGGCCUUCCUCAUGUUCACGAGCACCUUUACCGACAUGGUCAUUGCGGGUAUCGAGGCGGCUGAGACUGGUGGUAACAUUGCCAACCUGCUCUUCAUGCUGACGCUCAUCUUUUGCGGUGUUCUCGCCACCAAGGAAGCAUUGCCCGGCUUCUGGAUCUUCAUGUACUACCUGUCGCCUUUCACAUAUCUGAUAUCGGGUAUGCUAUCCACGGCCGUCGCCAACGCUCCGGCCUCGUGCGCGUCCAACGAAUUCCUCAAGUUCGAGCCUAUGGCGAACCAGACGUGCCAGGAGUACAUCCAGCCGUACACGGAGCUCACCGGCGGCGGCUACAUGCUCAACCCCGACGCGACGACUGGCUGCCAGUUCUGCUCCAUGGACUCGACCAACUCCUUCCUCGCGUCGGUCGACAUCUACUGGAAGGAUGCUUGGAGGAACUUCGGCAUCAUGUGGGUCUAUGUCAUCUUCAACGUUUUCGCUGCCAUCUUCAUCUACUGGCUGGCUCGCGUGCCCAAGAAGCCCAGCAAGAAGAAGCAGGAGUAG